UUAAAGAGAGAGAGAGGUACAUUGUGCUUGAUGAUUCCUUCACUCUGUGAUCAAAGAUGGCCGUUGUGCUUGAUGCCUUCAUCUCCGGGCUGGUCGGUACGUUGACGGACAUGGCUAAAGCGGAGGUGGACUUGCUGUUGGGCGUUCCCGGGGAGAUCCAAAAGCUCCAACGCUAUCUCCGCAACAUCCACUCUGUCCUUCGCGACGCCGAGAAGCAGCGGAUCGAGAACGAGAGCGUCAACGACUGGCUGAUGGAGCUCACGGAUGUCAUGUACGACGCCGACGACGUCCUCGACGAGUGCCGGAUGGAGGCCGAGAAGUGGACUCCUCGUGCGUCCGAUCCGAGGCCGUCCACCUUGUGCGGAUUUCCCAUCUGUGCUUGCUUUCGCGAGGUCAAGUUCAGACAUGCGGUGGGCGUCAAAAUCAAGGAUCUCAACGAUCGGCUGGAAGAGAUCUCGGCCCGAAGGUCCAAGUUGCAACUCCAUGUGUCUGCGGCGGAACCAAGGGUGGUUCCUCGAGUUAGUCGCAUAACUUCCCCGGUGAUGGAGUCUGACAUGGUUGGCGAGCGACUGGAGGAGGACUCCAAGGCACUGGUGGAGCAGCUGACAAAGCAAGAUCUGAGUAAGAACGUGGUGGUGCUGGCAAUUGUGGGGAUCGGCGGCAUCGGAAAGACCACCUUCGCCCAGAAGGUGUUCAAUGAUGGUAAAAUCAAAGCCAGCUUCCGCACCACCAUCUGGGUGUGCGUGUCCCAAGAGUUCAGCGAGACGGAUCUUCUCGGAAAUAUCAUCGAAGGUGCUGGUGGAAAAUAUAAUAGAGAACAGAGCAGGAGUCUGCUGGAGCCCUUGGUGGCGGGUCUACUGAGAGGGAACAAGUUCUUGCUGGUGUUGGAUGAUGUUUGGGAUGCUCAGAUCUGGGACGACUUGCUCCGCAAUCCUUUGCAGGGAGGAGCAGCAGGCAGCAGGGUGCUGGUGACCACCAGAAACGCAGGGAUCGCGAGGCAAAUGAAGGCGGCCCACGUCCACGAGAUGAAGCUGCUGCCUCCGGAGGAUGGCUGGUCCCUCCUGUGCAAGAAGGCGACGAUGAAUGCAGACGAGGAAAGGGAUGCCCAAGAUCUCAAGGACACAGGCAUGAAGAUUGUUGACAAAUGCGGAGGGCUUCCCCUGGCCAUCAAGACCAUCGGAGGGGUCCUCUGCUCCAGAGGACUCAACAGAAGUGCGUGGGAGGAAGUUCUCCGCAGCGCCGCAUGGUCACGGACCGGGCUUCCCGAAGGUGUGCACGGAGCACUGAAUCUGAGCUACCAAGACUUGCCGUCCCAUCUCAAGCAAUGCUUUCUCUACUGUGCCUUGUUCCCCGAAGACUAUUUGUUUGACAGGCCUGAAAUCGUCAGAUUAUGGAUAGCCGAGGGGUUUGUCGAAGCACGAGGAGAUGUCAGCUUGGAGGAAACAGGGGAGCAAUAUUAUAGAGAGCUGCUUCAUAGGAGCCUUUUACAACGGCAACGUUACAGUCUGGACGACUACUUUGAGUAUUCCAAGAUGCAUGAUCUGCUGCGAUCGCUCGGCCAUUUCCUAUCGAGAGAUGAGAUCUUGUUCGUUAGUGACGUACAAAACGAGUGGAGAAGUGGUGCCAUCCCGAUGAAGCUGCGUCGGUUGUCGAUUGUGCCCACUGAAACCACGGACAUCCAGCAUAUCGUCAGUUUGACCAAGCAGCAUGAGUCGGUGAGGACAUUGUUGGUGAAGAUAGCAAGGGGCCAUGUGAAGGAUAUAGAUGAUUGCUUGAAGAACCUCGUGCGACUUAGAGUCCUCCAUUUUACAGGCAAUCUUGUGGACACAAAAAUCGAGAUUCUACCGCACUACAUUGGAAAUUUGAUACACUUGAGAUACUUGAAUGUGUCUUAUACCGAUAUAAUGGAGCUUCCAGAAAGCAUAUGCAAUCUGACGAAUUUGCAGUUUUUGAUCCUCAGACGAUGUACGAAGUUGACACAUAUCCCCCAGGGUAUAGUUAGGCUAGUCAAUCUAAGAACAAUCAAUUGUGAACUUACACCCCUGGAGAGCUUACCAUGUGGAAUAGGAAGGUUGAAGCUCCUCAAUGAACUCGGAGGAUUCGUGGUGAACACGGCUACUGGUUCGUGCCCAUUGGAAGAAUUAGGCAGCCUCCAUGAGCUCAGAUACCUCUCCAUUAACAGGUUGGAGAGGGCGUGGAUUGAAGCUGAAUCAGGAAGGGGUACAAGUGUAUUAAAGGGUAACCAAAAACUGAAGAAUCUAUAUUUACAUUGCUCACGCAGAUCGACAUCCGAUGGUUACAGGGAGGAAGAGAUUGAAAGAAUCGAGAAGGUGUUGGAUGUGGCACUUCAUCCACCAUCAUCUGUUGUUUCGCUCAGGUUAGACAAUUUCUUCGGCCUCCGGUACCCAAGCUGGAUGGCGUCUGCAAGCAUCAGUUCGCUUCUUCCAAACAUAAGACGCUUGGAACUAAUUGACUGCAAUGAUUGGCCUCUGCUUCCACCGCUAGGAAAGCUCCCCAGUUUGGAGUUCCUUGAAAUAGGAGGUGCACGUGCAGUGACCACCAUCGGACCGGAAUUUUUUGGGUGUGAAGCUGCUGCUGCUACUGGUCAUGAACGGGAACGGAAUUCAAAGCGCCCUUCUUCUUCUUCUUCUUCUUCUUCUACUUCUCCUCCUCCGUUGUUUCCGAAACUAAGGCAGCUGGACCUCUGGAAUAUGACUAACAUGGAAGUGUGGGAUUGGGUAGCGGAAGGUUUUGCUAUGCGUCGCCUCGACAAAUUGGUCCUCUAUAAUUGCCCCAAGUUGAAGUCUCUACCGGAAGGCCUGAUCCGACAGGCAACCUGCUUAACCACAUUGUUUCUGGCCGAUGUGUGUGCUCUCAAGUCCAUCAGAGGUUUCCCUUCUGUAAAAGAACUGAGUAUAACUGGUGAAUCAGAUCUGGAGAUUGUUGCUGAUCUCCCUGCACUGGAGGUCUUGAAUUUGGGCCUGUUUGGGCGUCGCAACAAUCAUUUACCAGAGUGGUUGGCGCAACAAUCAUUCACUACGCUCCAGAGACUGGACGUAAUUGGAACCACCCAACAACUCGUCAGAUGCCUCCAAAAUGGCGCAGACUGGCCCAUGAUCGAACACUUUCCAAUUUUUUCCAUCAGAGAUGGCCGAGGCAAUUAUAUAAACUACAUCAAGCAUUCCUGCACCUUCGACACAAACCUAGUCGAUGCUGAUGCUGCUUUUGCUGCUGUUGCUGCUGCCGAAGAAGAAGAAGAAGAAGACAUCAAUUAGCUUUGGGGUAACUUACCUUUCAUGCUCGCGUCUCGACCAUCUAACGACUUCUGGUUUUGGAGUGGCAACUCGCAGUUAUCUCUUCCUGCUUAUGGCAGGGAGAUCGACAUUAUUUCUCUAAUGUCAAUUUUGUGAGUGGAAUUUUGUUUCCAAGCAGUAUUAAUGAGGCACUUAUCGGAAGAAAUGCUAGACGAAUGAUGAUGUACCUAUCGAUUCUGCGGAUGAGGAUGUUCAGAGCACUUUGUCCUUUUUCUGAAAAAAUGGAGGCAAGACAAGACAUGGAUGGAGGUCUAAGUAUGUUAGGUCACAAAGAUGCCUCAUUUCCCUAUCUGGUCGAAUCAUUUCCAAAGCUUCUUCUUUUGUGCUCUGUGGAAGACCAUUUUAAACCGUCGGUUGGCUUUCUUGAACUUGUUGGUGUUCCUGAAGCAGGCAUUUCAACUGUACUAUUGUCAUUCCCACCUAUCAUUUUUAGUUAGUCAAUUCUACUACUUUUGGUAUAUAACAUUUGCAAAGUCAUGCACCAUAUAUUAAGUGGAAUCUCCUACUCAAAAGUUGCCACCUUGAUUGAUGAGGUUCAUGUAACUUUCUGACCAACUUUAUUAUUCUUAUUCAUCUGAUGCAAAAGUCAUGAAUUUUGAAAUAUAUUCAUUGUAUAGGUGGUUUGUUGGUUCAUAUUCUUGGAGUGUUUAUAUAUUUAACAAAACCUGAUAUUACUUUACUUCAGGUUCUAAAAUCAAGUGUCGACCUCGCAAUCAGGAGUUGGCCACAUAUAUUGGGUUGUUCGGCUACAAAGAUGAAGUCAAUGGUGGAGCAAUUUAAUGAAUUUGGUGUUAAGAAGAAGAUGCUGGUUCCAGUUAUUACCUACCUCUAGCCCACAGCUCCUACUGAAGAAACCUAAACAAUUUCAAGAGGAUUUUAUGUCGCUGUCCGGAAAUAUUUGAUUCUAGUGUUGAGAACACCUUGAGAAAGAAAGUCAAUUUCCUUGUUGAUUUUGGUGUCUCAAGAGAUUGUCUUCUUCGGGUUGUCAGAAAAUAUCCAGAAAUGCUACUUUUGGAUUGUCUACUUCCCAGGCUGAUCUUUCUUAUGAGGGUUGGGCUGUCUAAGAGGGAAGUAUGCUCCAUGAUCUGUAGAUUUUCUCCCAUACUGGGCUAUAGCAUUGAAAUGGUUCUGAAACCAAAGCUUGAUUUCCUCUUAAGAACCAUGAAGAAGCCACUCAAGGAAAUUGUCGAAUACCCAAGGUACUUCAGCUACUCACUGGACAAGAAGAUAAAACCCAGAUUUUGGGUGAUUCAGAGUAGAAAACUCGAAUGUAGUUUGAACGACAUGCUGUCUAAGAAGCAGAAGAAUAUAUGGGGAUCGGAAGACUACUAGUAGUGCCCUCAGUUCCACCCAAAGAUGGUUCAUAGAAGAAAGAUGUGAAACCAUUUUGGAAUCAAUUCCAAAGUGCAUAAUUAUUCUCAUGUAUUUGACAAAGGCAAAAAGCUGGAUCCAUGUGACAAAGGCAAAAAGCACUCAAGGAAGACUAUUAGUUCUGUGACAUGACCAUCAACGUUAGCAGCCACAUCCCAUAUUUCUAUGGGUACAAGUCAUCAAAAGGGGUGAACCUGCUCUCCACUAGCAAAGCGAAGGCAACUAGAUAUAUAUCAACAUCACAGUGCCUUUUAUGUAUGUUCACAAAGAGAUUUGGUACAAUUCCAAAUAAGAUCUAUCAUGUUUGGAAGAGUUGAUAUUGUGGAAUCUGUGGUUUAUGGCUCUAUUUCUUGAGUCUUUCAUGUUUUUCCGACAUUUUGCAUAUAUCAAUUGCAGAUGUUUAUAGAUUCUGUUCUUGUGAA